UCUUAUUGGUUACGUGUAAAAUCCCAUCGCGCGCUUGUAGCCAAUCUUAAACCGCCAUACCCACACAGCGAAAGCUAUUUUUUAUGCGCUUAAAGCGUCAGGAGGAUGUUCCGUCAUGGGCUGAACCGAACAACUUAUUGACAGUGACUGUUAUUUGCUAAAGUGCACGGCGGAGUGUUUCUCUGUGCUUCCGUUUACCAAAAUAAUGUGAAGUUAUCAAUGUUUUAUUCUUCUCACGAGAAAAGGCGCAACUCUUGCUCUCUCUCUGCAAUUCACUCCAAAAACUCAAUUGAGCUGUCAACACGUCGCUGCAAGAGCAUGGCUCUGGUCUGGCUCCAGUCUCACCUGCCCUGUGCUAAUCCAACCAGUAUCACCAGUAUCAACCAUCCGCUUGCUUCCAGAAAAGCUUGCUAAACAGGACAGUGUGAGAAGCCAUGCUGUCUGGGACUUGGCUGCGUUCUGUGGGGCACCAGCAGCCUGCUGCAGCGCCUGUUGUGACUCCCAGAAGCAUGACAGUUUGUGGGGUCCCCAGUGGGACAGUGGUCCUCGAGGCCCAGUAUGACUACAACUACCGCGGUGCGGAUGGACGGCAGGUCUGCAUCAGGGAGGGCGAACGGUUUAUUCUCCUGAAAAAGACCAACACUGACUGGUGGCAGGUGCGGAGGAUUGGCGCGGCCAGUAAAACAAAGCCACUGUAUGUUCCUGCCACGUAUGUGACAGAGGUGCCCAUUGCACCAAUGCCCUCGCCACAGCACCUGGUCGGGUCUGCCUCGCUGAACUCCAACUGCAGGCUACUGCCAAGGGUGUCACUCUCUCCCAGCCCAAGAGAGACAGCCUAUAGUGAACAGUGUCAAGUGAACAAACCCAUGUUCCACUCCAUGGAAAACCUCAACUCCAACAGUGCCUUUCAGGGGUUGGAAAACAAAACCAGGACAGGUGGAGGCCACUUCCCGACCCUGCCCUUCUGGUCUGGUCUCACCUUUACCCCCAACUCUCCCACCUCCUCGUCAGGACACCUCAUGGUCCCUGGGUCCCCCACAGCUUCCACGGCACCACUAACUGCACCACCAAACCCCAGGGUGGUCCCCAUGAUCACUCGGAGCCAGAGCUCCAGCAACCUGCCUGAAAACCUGAUGGAGAACCCGUAUGAUGAGGUGGGUGGCGGCUUCAGCAGUCGUGUUAACCACAGGAUGCCCAAGAAGUCUUGUAGCCAGUGGGACAUGGUGGGAGCUUCCUGCAAGAAGAACCAUCUGCAGGUCCCAGCAGAGUCCUAUAUGCCCCAGCUGUCCUGGAAGGACUCCCCUCUAUACACUGAAGUGCAGCCAGAAAAACGUCUGUCGCUCACAGAGCCCCCUAAACCUGCUCCAGGUCAGCAGCCUCUUCGGGUCAUGGACCUGUGGGAGCAGUACUCUGACCUGCCCACAGGGAGAUACUACUACGUCAACAGCAUCACCAAGGAGAGGUCCUGGAAACCCCCUCGCCGGGCCCGUGGACACACACCCAACAAGGCCGGUCAAUUACAACCUCAGACAUUACCCAGAGAAACCAGCCAUCUGUCGCUACCACUUCCUGAAGCUGGCAAUGGAACAAUGCACAGGUUGACACCUGAUUUCCUCUUCGGGAGCCACCAGAGGAGAACUGACGGUGGCUGGCAGAUGAAACAGAGCAUGCAGCGCGCCGUCUCCUCUGACACCCUGAGCACGAUGUCGUUCAGCAAUGCCGAUGCCCAGUGCCAUACCUCGGCCUCUCUGCAUGAUGUCAAGCAGCAGCUCAGCCACUCCCAGUCUAUGAUCCUACCUGAGAACGGCAAGUUGGUCCAGCAGUGCAGAGAUUACUCCUGUAAUGUGACCAACAUCGUUGUGGAGCCUCCGUCUCCUGAGAGCUCUCCAGACAGCGAUGGCUGCACACCGUUGGAGAAAGCCGGCCUCCUGAACAAGACAAAGAUUGCAGAAGGAGGCCGGAAACUGAGGAAGAAUUGGAGUCCUUCCUGGGUUGUGCUGGUCGGGAAUAGUCUGGUUUUCUUUAAAGAUCCUAAAUCACAGACACCUUCCAGCUGGAGACCAGGAAACAGUCGUCCUGAGAGCAGUGUGGAUUUAAGAGGAGCACAACUGCACUGGGCCAACAACCUGUCCAGCAAGAAAAACGUCUUCAAGCUGAGGACAGUGACGGGCAACGAGUUUCUGCUGCAGUCGGAGACAGACUCUCUGAUCAAAGAGUGGUACAACACCAUCCAGAACGUCAUCGACAGGCUGGACCGCGAAAACCCGUUAGACAACGUCCUGCAGUACUCUCUGAGGCGAGCGGGCAGCGUGGAGAUGCUGGAACACAGCGGGGACGAGGAUGACAGGAGAAUGUCGCUCCCUCGCUCGGCAUCCAACCUGGAGAACACAGAGAGGAAGAGAGUGAAGACCCGGCUGAAGAAGCUGAUCCUAAAGAGACCUCCUCUGCAGGCGCUGCAAGAGAAGGGGCUCAUUAAAGAUCAGGUGUUUGGCUGUCGUCUGGAGAUGCUCUGCGAGAGAGAGAAGAGCACCGUCCCUCGCUUCGUCAGACUUUGUACUGACGCCGUGGAGAAGAGAGGACUGGAUACUGAUGGCAUCUACAGAGUAUCAGGGAACUUGGCUGUGAUUCAGAAACUACGCUUCCUGGUGGACCAUGAGCGAGCGGUGACUACAGAUGGCCGUUACAUGUUCCCGGCAGAGUUGGUGCAAGAGGAGAAGCUGAAUUUGGACGAGAGUGAGUGGGAGGACGUUCAUGUCAUCACAGGAGCUUUGAAACUUUUCUUUCGCGAGCUUCCUGAGCCCCUCGUGCCCUUCGGCUUCUUCACCGACAUCGUGGAGACAGUUAAGAUGUCGGACUACAUGGACAAAGUGGAUCGUUUGAAGUGUCUGGUGCUUAACAUGCCUCCUCCAAACCAUGACACGCUGCAGUUCAUGUGUCGCCAUCUCAAACGAGUGUUGGAUCAUUCAGGCGACAACCGAAUGACCACCCAGAACAUCGGCAUCGUGUUCGGUCCGACCCUGAUGCGUCCAGAGCGGGACAACGGCAACAUGGCGGUGAAUAUGGUUUACCAGAACCAGGCGGUGGAACUCAUCCUCAGCGAGUUUGACCACAUCUUUGGAACAAGAGGGCCCUCUUGAUCUUUAUGGACAGAGGAGAAGGAGGGUGGGGGGAUUCAAAAGCUCCUCCCGAUCUGACAAAAGUACAAGUAGUGCAACAUUUGUCCUCUUUGCCUGUUGACUGUGUAAAAUGUGGUGUAAAACGGGUUUUACAUCAAAAGAUAAUUACGGGGUAAAAGGAACGAAGACAGAAAGCUGCUAAUCAUGACAUCUGGCCUCCAUGUAAAGCCAUGUUAAAACAAUAAUAGUAAAACAAACCAAUUUUAGCUGCACUACUUGUGUCUUUGACUGCAGAUGUGGAUUGCAGCCUCUGUGUUUUCUAGUUCUGGAGUGUUUGCCCCCUUUGUCACAUUUCCUUGAUGUUUCAGACCCGAUUAGGAUAUAUAAAAGCCAUAAACGUGAUGAAUCUCCUCCAGCUAGCUGAGUAUUAAUCAGUUCUUUAUCAAGGAAUAUGAGGAAGGUGUCUUAACGUAGCACUCAAACAAAACUUAGCAGAACCAUUUCACUGUGAAAACUCAUGCACCAGCACCUCUUGCAGCAAGGAUGGACAUAUCCCACCUGCAGUGGAAAGCCGAAGAUAUACAGUAAAAUAUGCAAACAAGCAGGAAGCAGGCUGGGCAUGUUAAAGAGACCGCAUCCCUGCUGAAGUGAUACAGUGUUUUAAUGAAGAUGUGAAGUUCAACGGGGGAACUCUUCAAGGAUAAAAGCACAGUUUUAGUGAUGGGAUGAUGUGCCAACAGGGCAGCAAAUGUUCCUUUGUACUUUGUAGUGUUUUUGUGUGUGUGGACCUGUUGGACAAAUUUGGAACAGUCUUCUAUUUUUAUUGGUGCAAACUCCUCAGAUUAAGUUAAAAAAAAAAAAAAAACACAUGAAGUUGUAAAUAUGUGAAAUACUGU